AUGGCUAAGCGCUACUCGCCCACCCGCUUCGAGCGCCGCUUCGACCAGACCGCCGCCGCCAUCACAAAGCACAACUGGGCUCUCAGUCUCGACACCCACGACUCCCGCCAUGUCCUCGACCACCGCGACCAGUGGCGCCGCCUCGGCGGCGGCAUCGAGGGCGAGGUCUUCCGCCUGAACGGCACCGUCAUCAAGACGUUCAAUAUCCGCCGCAGCCCCCUGCGCAAUUGCGUCCCCGGUGCCUCUAGAGAGACACGAUGGCCCUCGGAGAUCCCGGCCUCUCUACUGCUCGGGGGCAUGCGCGACGACCUCCACGACGAAGACGACUUCUUGCCUGUCAAGGACUACUUCCUGACGUCGCCCACAGACCACUCCAAGGCGAGCUGGCACUUUGUCAUGCCCUACCUCGAGGGCGGCAGCUUGCUGCACCUCGCAGACCGGCUGCGCACCCUCGGCCUCACCUACCGCGAGCUCGAUGCCAUGUUCCGCCCGUCGCUCAACCGCCUCCUGGCGGCGCUGGACAAGAUGCACAACGACUAUCAGCUGUGCCACGACGACAUCAAGCCUGAGAACGUCUUUGUCGCGACCUUCGCGAAAGAUGGCUCCACACACACCGACACACAUUGGCUGCUGGGCGACCUGGGCAACGUCAGGAGCUGGGUCAAUCAGUAUCACGCCUCGCGGCUGUGGCAGCGCGAGAGCGGGCAGCACGCCGACUGCCGGAUCAACGACGCCAUCCGGCUCGUCAAGACAUAUGUGCUGUUUCUGAGAGUGUCUGUGGCGGACACGGCCCCCUUUGACGCCGCAUUCUGGGCCGGCGGAGAGCCGUGGAGCCACUUGUACUGGUGGGCGACCAAGGGCUACGUGCCGGGGUCGAUUGCGGCGAGCAGCCUGCGGGACAAGUCCCUCGAGGUGGCGCCGCGCGCGGUGGACGAGUACCGCGAGCAGGAGCACGGGAUAUGGUCCUUCAGCUGCCUGCUCAACAGUGCGUGCAUACAGACCGCGACGAAACGAGAGCUCAUGACCAGGAUGGUCGUGAAGGAGAGCCGGGCACGCUUCCUCGGGCUGACGGGGAUAUUCGGGCUGCCGUCCACGUCUUGCUAG